UUUCCGGGAGGAGUUUUGGGCCCCGCGAGACCCCGUCGGGCGCCACGCCUUCUCACCAGAGGUAGUUGUGGAGGCGGCGGGAGCCCGCCUAAGUGUUAUUGAAGCGUGCCUCGCGUCCUCAGCAUGGGCGAGCAUGGCCGGGAGCUGGCGUCUAUGAUCCCGGCCCUGCGGGAGCUGGGCAGUGCCAGUCCAGAGGAAUAUAAUACCGUUGUACAGAAGCCAAGGCAAAUUCUAUGUCAGUUCAUCGACCGAAUACUCACAGAUGUAAAUGUUGUUGCUCUGGAACUUGUAAAGAAAACUGACUCUCAGCCAACCUCUGUGAUGUUGCUUGAUUUCAUCCAACAUAUCAUGAAGUCCUCCCCACUUAUGUUUGUAAAUGUGAAUGGAAGCCAUGGGCAAAAUGAGGCCAAAGACAGUUGUAUUGAAUUCAGUAAUUGGAUCAUAACAAGACUUCUACGGAUUGCAGCAAAUCCAUCCUGUCAUAUGUUACACAAAAAAAUCUGUGAAGUCAUCUGCUCAUUAUUAUUUCUUUUUAAAAGCAAGAGUCCUGCUAUUUUUGGAGUCGUGACGAAGGAAUUAUUAUAUCUUUUUGAAGACUUGAUUUACCUCCACAAGAGAGAUGCAUUGGGACACUUUAUGGAAUGGCCAGUGGUAGUUAGCCGAUUUUUAAGUCAAUUAGAUGAACAUGUAGGAUAUUUACAACCAGCUCCUUUGCAGUUCAUGAACAUGCAAAAUUUAGAGUUUAUUGAAAUUACUUUAUUAACGGUUCUUAUUCGUAUCAUUGCAAUUGUGUUUUUUAGAAGGCAAGAACUCUUACUUUGGCGUAUAGGUUGUGUUCUGCUAGAGUAUGGUACUCCAAAAGUUAAAUCCUUAGCAAUUAGCCUUUUAACUGAACUCUUUGAGCUUGGAGGACUACCAGCACAACCAGCCAGCACUUUUUUCAGCUCAUUUUUGGAAUUGUUAAAACGCCUUGUAGAAAUGGAUGCUGACCAAUUGAAACUCUAUGAAGAGCCAUUAUCAAAGCUGAUAAAGACACUAUUCCCCUUUGAAGCAGAAGCUUAUAGAAAUAUUGAGCCUGUCUAUUUAAAUAUGCUGCUAGAAAAACUCUGUGUCAUGUUUGAAGACGGUGUGCUUCUGCAGCUUAAGUCUGAUUUGCUAAAAGCAGCUUUAUGCCAUUUACUGCAGUAUUUCCUUAAAUAUGUGCCAGCUGGGUAUGAAUCUGCUUUACAAGUCAGGAAGGUUUAUGUGAGAAAUAUUUGUAGAGCUCUUGUGGAUGUGCUUGGAGUUCAGGUAGAUGCAGAGUAUUUGUUGGGCCCACUUUAUGCAGCCUUAAAAAUGGAAAGUAUGGAAAUCAUUGAGGAAGUUCAGUGCCAGAUUCAACAGGAAAAUCUCAGCAAUGAUAGCGAUGGAGUGUCACCCAAAAGGCGUCGACUCAGCUCAUCUAACUCCUCCAAAAGAGCACCAAAACAGACUGAGGAAAUUAAGCAUGUGGACAUGAACCAAAAAAGCAUAUUAUGGAGUACACUGAAACAGAAGGCUGAGGACCUUCAGAUUUUCCUUGAAUUCAAUAAUCUGAAGAAUCCUCUUAUUGAGACUUUAGAAGGAAUCACUGUCGUCCUACAACUGACUGCUCUGUGUACUUUUCAUUGUUCUCAUCAAAACAUGGACUGCUAUAAUUUCAAGGACGGUCAACAGAAAUGUAAGAAGAAACCUUCAGUAAUAAUAACUUGGAUGUCUUUGGAUUUUUACACAAAAGUGCUUAAGAGCUGCAGGACUUUGUUAGAAUCUGUUCAGAAACCUGACCUGGAGACAAUUAUUGACAAAGUAGUGAAAAUAUAUGAUGCUUUGAUGUAUAUUCAAGUAAAAACUUCAUUUGAAGAUCAUAUCCUGGAAGAUUUAUGUGGAAUGCUUUCACUUCCAUGGAUUUAUUCCCAUUCUGAUGAUGGCUCUUUAAAGUUGACCACAUUUGCCACCAGUCUUCUAGCAGUAAGCCAGAGGAUUUCAGAGAGCUACUCACCACAGGCACAGUCACGGUGUGUAUUUCUUCUAACUCUUUUUCCAAGAAGAAUAUACCUGGAGUGGAGAACAGCAGUUUACGGCUGGGCCCUGCAGAGCUCCCAUGAAGUAAUCCGGACAAAUUGUAUUAGUGGAUUUUUUAUCUUAUUACAGCAGCAGAAUUCUUGUAACAGAAUUCCCAAAAUUCUUAUAGAUAAAGUCAAAGAUGAUUCUGAUAUUGUCAAGAAAGAAUUUGCAUCCAUACUUGGUCAGCUUGUCUGUACACUUCAUGGCAUGUUUUAUUUGACAAGUUCUUUAACAGAACCUUUCUCUGAACGUGGACAUAUUGACCUUUUAUGUAAGAGGCUAAAAGUUACUUCUCAACAUGAAUGUUCAUCUUCUCGACUGAAAGCUUCUGUUUGCAAGCCAUUUCUUUUCCUACUGAAAAAAAAAACACAUAGUCCAGUGAAACUUGCUUUCAUAGAUAAUCUGUAUCAUCUUUGUAAGCACCUUGAUUUUAGAGAAGAUGAAACAGAUGUCAGAACGGUUCUUGGAACUUUAUUAAAUUUAAUGGAAGAUCCAGACAAGGAUGUUAGAGUGGCGUUUAGUGGAAAUAUCAAGCAUAUAUUGGAAUCCUUGGAUGCUGAAGACGGAUUUAUAAAAGAGCUUUUUGUGUUAAGAAUGAAGGAAGCAUACACACAUGCUCAGAUCUCAAGAAAUAAUGAGUUGAAGGAUACCUUGAUUCUUACAACAGGGGAUAUUGGAAGGGCAGCAAAAGGGGAUUUGGUACCUUUUGCACUCUUGCACUUAUUGCAUUGUUUAUUAUCCAAGUCAGCAUCUGUCUCUGGAGCAGCAUACACAGAAAUUAGAGCUCUGGUUGCAGCUAAAAGUGUUAAACUGCAAAACUUUUUCAGCCAAUAUAAGAAACCCAUCUGUCAGUUUUUGGUAGAAUCCCUCCACUCCAGUCAGAUGACAGCACUUCCUAGUACUCCAUGCCAGAACGCCGAGAUGCGAAAACAAGAUGUGGCUCACCAGAGAGAAAUGGCUUUAAAUACUUUGUCUGAAAUUGCCAACGUUUUUGACUUUCCUGAUCUUAAUCGUUUCCUUACUAGAACAUUACAAGUUCUGCUACCUGACCUUGCUGCCAAAGCAAGCCCUGCAGCUUCUGCUCUCAUUCGAACUUUAGGAAAACAAUUGAAUGUCAAUCGUAGAGAGAUUUUAAUAAAUAACUUCAAGUAUAUUUUUUCCCAUUUGGUCUGUUCCUGUUCCAAGGAUGAAUUAGAACGUGCACUUCAUUAUCUAAAGAAUGAAACAGAAAUUGAACUGGGGAGCCUGUUGAGACAAGAUUUCCAAGGACUGCAUAAUGAAUUAUUGCUCCGUAUUGGAGAGCACUAUCAACAGGUUUUCAAUGGGUUGUCAAUACUUGCCUCAUUUGCAUCUAGUGAUGAUCCAUAUCAGGGCCCAAGAGACAUCACGUCACCCGAAUUAAUGGCUGAUUAUUUACAACCCAAGUUGUUGGGCAUUUUGGCCUUUUUUAACAUGCAGUUACUGAGCUCCAGUGUUGGCAUUGAAGAUAAGAAAAUGGCCUUGAACAGUUUGAUGUCUUUGAUGAAACUGAUGGGACCCAAACAUGUGAGUUCUGUGAGGGUGAAGAUGAUGACCACACUGAGAACUGGCCUUCGAUUCAAGGAUGAUUUUCCUGAAUUGUGUUGCAGAGCUUGGGACUGCUUUGUUCGCUGCCUGGAUCAUGCUUAUCUAGGUUCCCUUCUCAGUCAUGUAAUAGUAGCUUUGUUACCUCUCAUUCACAUCCAGCCUAAAGAAACUGCAGCUAUAUUUCACUACCUCAUAAUUGAAAACAGGGAUGCUGUGCAAGAUUUUCUUCAUGAAAUAUAUUUUUUACCUGAUCAUCCAGAAUUAGAAAAGAUAAAAGCAGUUCUACAGGAAUACAGAAAGGAGACCUCUGAGAGUACUGAUCUUCAGACAACUCUUCAGCUAUCCAUGAAAGCAAUUCAACAUGAAAAUGUAGAUGUUCGUAUUCAUGCUCUUACGAGCUUGAAGGAAACCUUGUAUAAAAAUCAGGAAAAACUGAUCAAAUAUGCAACAGAUAGUGAAACGGUGGAACCUGUUAUUUCACAGUUGGUGACCGUGCUUUUGAAAGGUUGCCAAGAUGCAAACUCUCAAGCUCGGUUGCUCUGUGGGGAAUGUUUAGGGGAAUUGGGAGCAAUAGAUCCAGGUCGACUAGAUUUCUCCACCACUGAAACCCAAGGAAAAGAUUUUACAUUUGUGACUGGAGUAGAAGAUACAAACUUUGCCUAUGGAUUAUUGAUGGAACUAACAAGAGCUUACCUCGCAUAUGCAGAUAACAGUCGAGCUCAAGAUUCAGCUGCUUAUGCCAUUCAGGAGUUACUUUCUAUUUAUGACUGUAGAGAGAUGCAAACCGAUGGCUCGGGUCACCAAUUGUGGAGGAGAUUUCCCGAGCAUGUUCGGGAAAUACUGGAACCUCAUCUGAAUACUAGAUAUAAGAGUUCUCAGAAGUCAACAGAUUGGUCUGGAGUAAAGAAGCCAAUUUACUUAAGUAAAUUAGGUAAUAACUUUGCAGAAUGGUCAGCAUCUUGGGCAGGUUAUCUUAUAACAAAGGUUCGGCAUGACCUUGCCAGUAAAAUCUUCACCUGCUGUAGCAUUAUGAUGAAGCAUGAUUUCAAGGUGACCAUCUAUCUUCUUCCACAUAUUCUAGUGUAUGUUUUGUUGGGUUGUAAUCAAGAAGAUCAGCAGGAGGUUUAUGCAGAAAUUAUGGCAGUUCUAAAGCAUGACGAUCAGCAUACCAUAAGUACCCAAGACAGUGCAUCUGAUCUGUGUCAACUCAGUACACAGACUGUGUUCUCCAUGCUUGACCAUCUCACACAGUGGGCAAGGCGCAAAUUUCAGGCACUGAAUGCUGAAAAAUUUCCACAAGGCAAAUCAAAUAGGGAUAAGGUGGACUCCAUGGUAUCUACUGUGGAUUAUGAAGAGUAUCAGAGUGUAACUCGUUUUCUAGACCUCAUACCUCAGGAUACUCUGGCAGUAGCGUCCUUUCGCUCCAAAGCAUACACACGAGCUGUAAUGCACUUUGAAUCAUUUAUUACAGAAAAGAAGCAAAACAUUCAAGAGCAUCUUGGAUUUUUACAGAAACUGUAUGCUGCUAUGCAUGAACCAGAUGGCGUGGCUGGAGUAAGCGCAAUUCGAAAGGCAGAACCAUCCCUAAAAGAGCAGAUCCUUGAACAUGAAAGCCUCGGCUUACUGAGGGAUGCCACUGCUUGCUAUGACAGGGCUAUUCAGUUAGAACCAGACCAGAUCAUUCACUAUCAUGGCGUAGUGAAGUCCAUGUUAGGUCUUGGUCAGCUGUCUACUGUAAUCACUCAGGUGAAUGGAGUGCAUGCUAACAGAUCUGAAUGGACAGAUGAAUUAAACACAUACAGAGUGGAAGCAGCUUGGAAAUUGUCACAGUGGGAUUUGGUAGAAAACUAUUUGGCGGAAGAUGGGAAAUCUACAACAUGGAGUGUCAGACUGGGACAGCUAUUAUUAUCAGCUAAAAAAAGAGAUAUCACAGCUUUUUAUGACACAUUGAAACUAGUGAGAGCAGAACAAAUUGUGCCUCUUUCAGCUGCAAGCUUUGAAAGAGGCUCUUACCAACGAGGAUAUGAAUAUAUUGUGAGAUUGCACAUGUUGUGUGAGUUGGAGCAUAGCAUCAAACCACUUUUUUACCAGUCUCCAGGUGACAGUACUCAAGAAGAUUCACUAAAUUGGGUAGCUCGGCUGGAAAUGACCCAGAAUUCCUACAGAGCAAAGGAGCCCAUACUGGCUCUCCGGAGAGCUUUAUUAAGCCUCAACAAAAGACCAGAUUACAAUGAAAUGGUUGGAGAAUGUUGGCUACAGAGUGCCAGAGUAGCUCGAAAGGCUGGUCACCACCAAACAGCCUACAAUGCUCUCCUUAAUGCUGGAGAAUCACGACUCGCUGAACUGUAUGUGGAAAGGGCAAAGUGGCUGUGGUCCAAGGGUGAUGUUCACCAGGCACUAAUUGUUCUUCAGAAAGGUGUUGAGUUAUGUUUUCCUGAAAAUAAAACCCCAACCGAGAGUAAGAACAUGUUAAUCCAUGGUCGAGCUAUGCUACUAGUUGGCCGUUUUAUGGAAGAAACAGCUAACUUUGAAAGCAAUGCAGUUAUGAAAAAAUAUAAGGAUGUGACCUUGUUCCUGCCAGAGUGGGAGGAUGGACAUUUCUACCUUGCCAAGUACUAUGACAAAUUGAUGCCCAUGGUCACAGACAACAAAAUGGAAAAGCAGGGUGAUCUCAUUCGGUAUAUAGUCCUUCACUUUGGAAGUCUACAACCAGUAAAACAUCCGCAGUGCAACAAAGGUACUUCUGCUCAACACACCAGAACACUGGAGAAUCCACAUAGUGGUACAUCUAAAGGUAGGGGGACUGAAACACAUAGAGGAGGUAAAAGCAAGGGAACAGCACAGGUGGUGCCUGCAAACCCAGUCCUCCAGCCACAACAACUGAGUCUGCAGCCCCAGAGAACCUGAUAGUAACAGGGGAGGAAGGUACACAUGAUUCCGGCCUCCUGGACACAGCAGCUCACGUGGCCACGGGUAAUUGCAGAGCAGUGGCAGUGGGGCCCGAGACCCUGUCCCUCCAGCCACUGAGACUCCAACAACUCCAGGUCCACUGUGGCAGAGCCCCACAAACCUUACAACACCAGACACAGCAGAGGCACCCAUGCAACCUUAGCUCCCCUCCCAACGCUCCUCAUUUGCCUCCCCCCGCCAUGGCAGUAGAGCCUGCGAUUCAUGGGAUCCCACAUGAGAUGGCAAUCUACCAUCCAGGUGCACAGUGACAGUGGCAGAAGGAAAGUACCAAUGACUUCAGAGGCCCAAGAUGCAGUAACAAGGGCAAGGAGUCAUAUCUCUAACAGAGGAGGUGGAAGGUGGAAAGGGCAGAUUCUCAAGUAGAACCAGAGGCACCUCAGGUAAAAGGAACCAAAAACCUAUGCUAUAGUGCCACCUACUGGAAAACAAAAGAAAGGCCCCUAAUCUCUAACCUGUCCCUACUUCAAAUGCACUGGCAAAGAAACGUCUCAUGUAGCACCAUGAAGAACCAUAGUGACACUGUACCACAAAAAGCAAAUGAUGAUUUUCCAGAAGCCAAACUUAAUCAGAGAAUAUUGCAAUUUGGUAGAGAAUUCAAUAUAGCUGUCAUGAAGAAACCCAGUGAGGGACUUCCCUGGUGGUGCAGCAGUUAAGAAUCCGCCUGCCAUUGCAGAGGACACGGGUUCAAUCCUUGGUUCAGGAAGAUCACACAUGCCAUGGAGCAGCUAAGCCCAUGUGCCACAACUACUGAUCCUGCACUCUAGAGCCCGCAAGCUACAACUGCUGAGCCCUCGUACCACAACUGCUGAAGUCCACACACCUAGACCCUGUUCUCCGCAACAAGAGAAGCCACCACAAUGAGAAGCUCAUGCAUGGCAAUGAAGAGUAGCCCCCACUCGCUGCAACUAGAGAAAGCCUGCGCACAGCAACAAAGACACAGUGCAGCCAAAAAUAAUUAAUUAAUUAAUUUUAAAAAGAGAGAAAAACCCAGUGAGCUAUAGGAAAAUUUAGAAAGGCAGUUCAGUGGGCUUGGGAAUAAAAUUAAUGAACAGAGGGAAUACUGACUGAAGAGAAUGAAAUGCUAAAAAAGAACCAAACAAAUUCUGGAGUUGAAGACCUCAAUAAAUGAGGUGAAGAAUGCAUUUAAAAGCAUUGGAAAUAGAGCAGACCAUAUGGAAGAGAGAAUUAGCAAGCUUGAAGAUAAAAAUCUAGAAAUGGUACAAGUAGGACAGCAAAGAGAAGAUAUUUUAAAAAUGAGGAAAUUCUAUGAUAGCUAUCCAACUCUCUUAGGAAGGGCAACAUUAGGGUAAUGAGUAUUGCAGAAGAGAAGAGAGGGAGAAGAGAGCAAAGAGUUUAUUUAAAGAACUAAUAGCUGAGAACUUCCCAAACCUGGAGAAGAAGGUGGGUAUACAAUAUACAAGUCUAUGAAGCCAAGAGAACACCUAAUUACCUUCUCUAAGACAAAUUGUAUUAAAAUUGUCAAAAGUCAAUGACAAAGAAUUUUAAAGGCAGCCAAGGAAAAAGAGAUGGUAACCCACAAAGCCACCUCAUUGGGCUAUCCUUUCUCGAUAAAAAUGCUACAGACCAGGAGGAAGUGGAGUGACUUUCUCAAAAUAGUGAAAGAUAAAAAUUGUCUUUCAAGAAUACACUAUCCAGCAAAGUUAUCCUUCAGAUAUGAAGGAGAAGUAAAGACUUUCCCAGACAAAAAAAAGCCAAGAGAGCUAAUCAACAUUAGACCUGCCUUACCAGAAAUGUUGAAAGGAGCUUUUCUACCAGAAGCAAAAUAGCAAAAAGUACACAAAACUUUGAGUCAGAUGAUAGGUAGACAGAAUCAAAAGUUGCAAGUCUUUAUCACAAUAGGUUUUUAAACACUUUGUUAUAGCAUAAAGGCUAAAGGGGGAAAAUGUUGAAAAAACAACUAUAACUAUUUCAAUUUGGUAACAAACUCACAACAUAAAAAGGGAUAAUUUGAGACAAAAAUUAAGAGGGGAAGAGGAAAAGGACAGAACCUACAUAGGUAAAUGAAGUUAAGAUCCUAUCAGCAGAAAAAGGACUAUUUUUAUCUAUGCGAGGUUUCAGGGACUUCCCUGGUGGCACGGUGGUUAAGAAUUGCCUGCCAAUGCAGGGAACAUGGGUUUGAUCCCUGGGCCGGGAAGAUCCCAUGUGCCACGGGGCAACUAAGCCUGUGCACCACAGCUAGUGAGCCUGUGCUCUAGAGCCCACAAGCCACAGCUACUGAGCCCAAGUGCCACAACUACUGAAGCCCGUGUGCCUAGAGCCAAUGAGAAGCCCGCACAACUAAGAGUAGCCCCCACUCACCGCAACUAGAGAAAGCCCAUGUGCAGCAACAAGGACCCAAUGCAGCAAAUAAAUUAAUUAAAUUUAAAAAACGGUUUCAUGCAACCCCACAAAACAUAAAUCUAGAGUAGAAACAUGAAACAUAAAGAGGAAACUAUGAAAAACAGAAAACCUCCAAAUCAAAAUGGCAGACAGAAACACAUGGGGAAAAAAAAAGAUGAAGAUAUAGAGCAACCAGAAAACAAAAGCUAAAAUGGCAGUGCUAAUUCCUCAUCUAUCACCUAAACUGUAAAUGGAUUGAAUUCACCAACCAAAAGACACAGAGUGGUUGGGUGAAUUAAAAAAACAAGACCCAACUAUAUGCUGCCUCCAGGAGCUCAGCUCUAAAGACAAACAUAGGCUCAAAGUGAAGGGAUGGAAGAUGAUACUCCUAGCAAAUGGAAAUUGACAGCAACACAAUAAUAGUAGGGGACUUUAACAUCCCACUUGCAUCAGUGGAUAGAUUAUCUAGAGAGAAAUUCAGCAAGGAAACAGCAGAACCAGAUGGAUUUGAUAGAUCUAUACAGAACAUUACAUUCAAACACAGCAGAAUACAUAUUCUCAAGUGCACAUGGUACUUUCUCAAGGACAGACUCUAUCUUGAGUCACAGAACAAGUCUCAGUAAAUUUAAGAAGAUUGAAAUCAUAUCAAGCAUCUUUCCCAAUCACAAUGGUAUGAAACUAGAAAUCAACUACAAGAAGAAAGUAUAUAGCAAGUAUAUAUGAAGACUGAACAGCAUGCUACCAAACAAUUUUUGGGUCAACAAAGAAAUCAAAGAAGAAAUUAAAAGUUACCUAAAGACAGAUGAAAAUGAAAAUAUGACAUACCAAAAAAUUUAUGGGAUGCAGCAAAAGCAAUACUAUGAGGGAAAUUUAUAGCAAUACAGGCCUACCUCAAGAAACAAAAAUCUCAAACAAUCUAACCUUACACCUAAAGGAACUAGAAAAAGAACAGCAAACAAUGCCCAAAGCCCAUGGAAGAAAGGAGGUAACAAUCCAAGUGGAAAUAAGUGAAAGAGACUUUUUUUCUGCUGUCUUUCUACAGAUGUGGUGAAAGUAGCCAAGAGAACUAGAAUUAGGAGUGGAAUCUGAAGAUGUGACUAAAUUGCUGUAAUCUCACGAUAGAAACACAAUAAAACGAAUGAAGAGCUGCCUCUUAUGGAUGAGGAAAAAAAGUGAUUUCUCGAGAUGGAAUCUACUCCUGAAGAUGCCGUGAAGAUUGUUGAAAUGACAGCAAAGGAUUUAGAAUAUUACCUAAACUUAGUUGAUAAAGCAGUGUCGGGGUUUGAGAGGAUUGACCGCAGUUUUGAAAGAAGUUUUACUGUGGGUACAAUGCUAUAAAACAGCAUUGCAUGCUACAGAGAAAUCGUUCAUGAAAGGAAGUAUCAGUCAGCGUGGCAGACAUCAUUGUCUUAUUUUAAGAAAUUGCCAAAUCUCUUGCAUUUCUAUACACCAACAAUGAAAGAUCAGAAAGAGAAAUUAAGGAAACAAUCCCAUUCACCAUUGCAACAAAAAGAAUAGAAUACCUAGGAAUAAACCUAACCAAGGAGGUAAAAGACCUGUACUCAGAAAACUAUAAGACAUUAAUGAAAGAAAUCAAAGACACAAACAGAUGGAGGGACAUACCAUGUUCUUGGAUUGGAAGAAUCAACAUUGUGAAAAUGACUAUAUUACCGAAAGCAAUUUACAGAUUCAAUGCAAUCCCGAUCAAGUUACCAAUGGCAUUUUUCACAGAACUAGAACAAGAAAUUUUACGAUUUGUAUGGAAAUGCAAAAGACCCCGAAUAGCCAAAGCAAUCUUGAGAAGGAAGGACCGAGUUGGUGGAAUCAGGCUUCCCGACUUCAGACUAUACUACAAGGCUACAGUGAUCAAGACAGUAUGGUACUGGCACAAAAACAGAAAUAUAGAUCAAUGGAACAGGAUAGAAAGCCCAGAGAUAAACUACAGUCAACUAAUCUAUGACAAAGGAGGCAAGGAUAUACAAUGGAGAAAAGGCAGCCUCUUCAAUAAGUGGUGCUGGGAAAACUGGACAGCUACAUGUAAAAGAAUGAAAUUAGAACACUUCCUAACACCAUACACAAAAAUAAACUCAAAAUGGAUAAAAGACCUAAAUGCAAGGCCAGACACUAUAAAACUCCUAGAGGAAAACAUAGGAAGAACACUCUUUGAUGUAAAUAACAGCAAGAUCUUUUUUGAUCCACCCCCUAGAAUAAUGGAAAUAAAAACAAAAAUAAAUCAGUGGGACCUAAUGAAAUGUCAAAGCUUCUGCACAGCAAAGGAAACUAUAAGCAAGACGAAAAGACAACCCUCAGAAUGGGAGAAAAUAUUUGCAAACGAAUAAACAGACAAAGGAUUAAUCUCCAAAAUAUAUAAACAGUUUAUCCAGCUCAAUAUCAAAAAAACAUACAACCCAAUCAAAAAAUGGGCAGAAGACCUAAAUAGGCAUUUCUCCAAAGAAGUCAUAUGGAUGGCCAAGAGGCACAUGAGAAGCUGCUCAACAUCACUAAUUAUUAGAGAAAUGCAAAUCAAAACGACAAUGAGGUAUCACCUCACACCGGUUAGAAUGGGCAUCAUCAGAAAAUCGACAAACAGUAAAUGCUGGAGAGGGUGUGGAGAAAAAGGAACACUCUUGCAUUGCUGGUGGGAAUGUAAAUUGAUACAGCCACUAUGGAGAACAAUAUGGAGGUUCCUUGAAAAACUAAAAAUAGAGUUACCAUAUGACCCAGCAAUCCCACUACUGGGCAUAUAUCCAGAGAACACCAUAAUUCAAAAAGAUGCAUGCACUCCAGUGUUCAUUGCAGCACUAUUUACAAUAGCCAGGACAUGGAAGCAACCUAAAUGUCCAUCAACAGAUGAAUGGAUACAGAAGAUGUGGUACAUACAUACAAUGGAAUAUUACUCAGCUGUAAAAAGCAAUGAAACUGGGACAUUUGUAGAGACAUGGAUGGCCCUAGAGACUGUCAUACAGAGUGAAGUGAGUCAGAAAGAGAAAAACAAAUAUUGUAUAUUAACACAUAUAUGUGGACUAUAGAAAAAUGGUACAAAUCAACUGGUUUGCAAGGCAGAAAUAGACACAGAUGUAGAGAACAAACAUAUGGACAGCAAGUGGGGAAAGCGGGGAGGGUGGGGAGGAAAUGAAUUGGGAGAUUGGGGUACCAAAUUGUACACUCUAAAUAUAUGCAGUUUAUUGUAAAAAAUAAAAAAAUAAAAAGUUUAAAAAAAAGAAAAAAAUUGCUACAGUCACUGCAACUUCAACAGCCACCACCCUGAUCAAUCAGCUGCCAUCAACAUCAAGGUGAGACCCUCCGCCAGCAAAAAGAUUACAACUUGCUGGAGGCUCAGAUGAUGAUUAGCAUUUUUUAGCAGUAAAGUAUUUUACAAUUAAGGUAUGUAUAUUGCUUUUUUAGACAUAUGCUAUUGCACACUUAGUAGACUACAGUAUAGUGUAAACAUGACUUUUAAAUGCAUUGGGAAACCAAAAAAUUUGUGUGACUCACUUUAUUGUGACUCACUUUAUCGCAGUGGUCUGGUACCAAACCUGCAAUAUCUCCGGGUUAUCCCUGUACUAACUUUUCACAGAUUUGGCAGAGACACAGGGUUGAGUGGUUUGUUGAGAGGAUGAUGAGGAAAUUGGACUUGAUGGAAGAUGUAUGCUGGUGAAUAGUGAGAGACUAAAACUGCAAAGUUGUAAAGAAAAAGGGUUAUAUAUAUUUGAAUCCCAAGCAGAGUCAUUCAUAUAGACUUAAUCUAUAGGUAAGUGAUUCCUGUUUUUGAACAGGGGGAAGGUAUAAUAAAGCUAGAAUUUCAGAAAUGUUAGUCUGGAAUUUAUUGAAGGGAAGAAAUGUGGAAUUAGGGAGACCAAGUUACUGUAAUUUCCCAGAAAUGGAGUGAUGGGACCUGACCUAGGAUUAUGGCCAUGGAAUACAAAUAAAGGCAUAGAUUCUGUGGACAAUUUGAAAGAAGUACUAACAGGAGUUUGACUAGGUCAAAGCUUGAAGUAUUUUCGGUCCACGUAUUGAUAAUAUAGAGCUUAGUGAGGAAUGAAGAAAGAAAAAAAUUGAGAGAGAGGAGUGAAAAUAACAUGUACCAGGAAGAAAUACUGAUAUUAUAAUUUUUGUCAGAGGCUGUGUAUUUCUCAGGUGGUAAUUUAAGUCUUUAUAUUUUAAUUCAUAUAAUGUAAAAAAGAAUACUAUGGUUAAUAUCUUUUCUAUAUAAUUGCAGAUCUCUACAGUAUGGAAAUCAGUUCAU